GCAGUAAGCGCUGGGCAGCCAGAGCAACAGCAGCAUACGCAGACGGGAACCAGUCAGGCAGCGAGCGCUUCUCAACGGGGGGUUUAAAACAGAAACGGUUUGUUCUGUACCGUGAAACACACCCCCCUUACCUUUAUACAGUUGUAAACAAUUAGCAUUAUUAGCUAGUCUUGGCCCCUGUCGUCAGUAUUAGAGGAGAAUAGAUAAAAAAGCGAGGAUGUUGGUCCCCGCGGGAAGAUAAUGAAGAAGCUGCGCGUGUUGUUGCUGUGCGCCGUUUUAGCUCUCCUGUGCUGGCACUCUUGUCAUCAUGUUUAUUGUUCAGAAGAGAUCUCCUCUGGCCCAGGACUCCCUGCACAGGAUGACAGCCGUUACACAACGGAGGAACCAGGGGCUGACAAAAAGGUUGAAGAGGAAAGGGCGACACACACGCAGUCAUCGUACAGCGUGGACCUGGAGACAGAGACGGCUGCACUAAAGGAAACCUCAUUGCACUCACAAGACACCCCACACGAAGAGAAGCACACACAGACUGUGAAUUUGGAAGAAGUUUUGGAGGAGCCACAGAUUCAGCUUGAAUCUGCUCUCCCUGAGCUAGAACAACAACAACAACAGCAGCAGCAGCAACAGCAGCAGCAACCAGAACCCCAGAGCACCGAACAACCAGACCAACAACAGUCAGCUCAACCACCAACACUUACACAGCCCCAAACAGCACCGCCUCUAUCCCAGCUCCAGCCAGACCCAGAAGCUCCACAGGCCACUGCAACAGAGGACCAGGCUGCCCACGCCUCCGCUGCUUUUACCCCUUCACAGACUGACCCACCUGGCGAAGACCCCUCUGCACCUGCUGCUGAACUCCAGAAGAGCCCAGAGUCAGCCUCACCUACCUCAGUCACCUCCUCCGAGAGCCCCUCCAGUGGACUAGACGUUCCGCGUCCUGAUGCCCAUGUAGAGAACUCUAGUGCCAGUCAGUGUGAGGUGGGCUCUGUGCCCCCCUUCAGCCAACCCCUUGGCACCACGCUCACCAGUGUUGUGGAGGAACAUGCGGAGAAGCAAGCAGAGAACCAGUCCAUCACAUUGGGUCAGAUUACAGAGACCAGUGCUGACCCGACUGCCUCUCCGGUCCCGAGUGAGCUGGACCUCACAGAGCUGGGGCAGACGGAUAGUACCCCCCCUCCACCUAAAGAAAGCAAACCGGCGGACCAUGAGGGAGCGACAGACCCUCCAGUGCCCAGUAAAGAAGACAUCCCCACCUUCGAUGAGUGGAAGAAGAAAGUGAUGGAAGUAGAGGAGAAGAAAAGUCAGUCUCUGCACACUUCAUCAAAUGGAAGCCCUCAUCCAGUCAAAAAGGUUCAAAAGAAUUUCAAGAAUAACUACGCUUCUGUCGAAUGUGGGGCCAAAAUCCUCUCGGCCAACAAUGAGGCCAAGAGCACAUCUGCUAUCCUGAUGGAGAACAUGGAUCUGUACAUGCUGAACCCCUGCAGUACCAAGAUCUGGUUUGUUAUUGAGCUCUGUGAGCCAAUCCAGGUGAAACAGCUGGACAUUGCAAACUUUGAGCUGUUCUCAUCUACGCCGAAAGAUUUCCUUGUGUCCAUAAGCGACAGGUAUCCGACCAAUAAGUGGAUCAAGCUGGGCACCUUUCACGCCCGUGAUGAACGCACAGUACAGAGCUUCCCUCUGGACGAGCAACUCUAUGCCAAAUACGUCAAGAUGUUCAUCAAAUACAUCAAGGUUGAGCUGCUGUCCCAUUUUGGCUCUGAACACUUCUGUCCACUCAGCCUGAUCAGGGUGUUUGGCACCAGUAUGGUGGAGGAGUAUGAUGAGAUAGCUGACUCUCAGUACACCUCCGAGAGAACCGAGUAUCUGGAUGAAGACUAUGACUUCUUUUUUACAGAUUACCCACCUGGAUACCUGCCGUCAGAGGACAAGACAUCAAAGAAUCUGCUGGGCUCUGCCACAAAUGCCAUCCUGAACAUGGUAAACAACAUUGCAGCAAAUGUGCUAGGAGGAAAACCAGAGCUGGAGGACGGAGCUGAAAUGGAAGGAAACGUUUCCUCUGGGACAGAAAACGUCACCCAGGCGUCAACAGAAACCACACUCACGCCAGAUCCCACCCCCACUGAACAGCCCGCUACGCUAGAUAUUCUUGAGUUGGAUCCCACUCUAGUGAAGGAGGACUCAGAGGAUCCUGUUACCGAGGCUCCUUCAGAACCUCCCCCUGAGGAGAGCCGCAUCGUCAUCCUCAUCGAGGAGGAAGAAGAGGCCACCCAGCCUACAGUGACCCUGCUAGAGGAGGAGCAAGAGGAGGAGAAAAGACUAGAGGAGAUGUGGGAGAGGGAGAGCGCCACACACUGCGGUCACCUUUCGACUUUGUCCUGCUUGGCAUCUUUGCACGAACACUUCUACUGCUACUGUUCGGCAGCUUUAGCACUACAGCGUCAACGCAGAGACCGCCGCCUCAAAGCACAGCACACACACACUGACACAGACACUCAAGCGGCUCCUCAGCAGUCCCUUUCGGCCACCACCCCAACCCAAGAGCCCCCUGCACCCUCUGAGAAACUUCCAGAAGAAGAGCAGCCCUCUCAGGCACAACCCGAAAGGAUUUCCCCCACUGAAACGGUGGCUGCUCCACCUCAGUCCUCUAGUGGGGAGCUUGCAGCGAGCGAGCAGGAGCUCCCACCUGAGACCAUCCUCUUGGAGCCCAGCCGCACCUCCACCCUUCCCCCACAUAGCUUCUCCGACACCCCCACCCAAAACAUCCCAGAGUCCCUACCCGUGGGAGAGCCCGUAGACCAGCGUCCGCAGUACCUGGUGGACAUCCCAGAGACCCGCGCCCCAGUGAGCAUCUGCAGCAGCGUUCUGUCUCCCACCUCCUCUAUGCUCUCCUCCACCACCACUGAAACUAACAGCCCAGAGAUGGACCCUCCCAAACUGGAGCUCCCUGUCCCCACCAAAGAGCAAACAGUUCAGCCGUUGCUUACCCACACCCGCCCCGCUGACAUCCCGCCUCCUACCGAACUUCCCAUCCCAAUUCCAGAGGCCUCAGAUAACGGCAGGGCCACAGGGGUUGAAGACCCUCACCACAGUGCUGUGACCUCCCAACCAGAGCUUUCCGAAGCCCCUCUGCCUCAAGAGGAGACGGUAGAUGACAUUCUGCUCCCGCACCGCACCGCCGGAGAGUUUUACGCAGAGCAGCAGCAUUCGGCGGAAAUGGGACACGGGAAUGGCAAUGGGAAUCAGGUGCACGGAUCCAACCAGAAGGAAUCGGUGUUCAUGAGAUUGAAUAACAGAAUUAAAGCACUGGAGAUGAACAUGUCCCUCAGCAGCAGAUACCUGGAGGAGCUUAGCCAGAGGUAUCGCAAACAGAUGGAGGAGAUGCAGCGGGCUUUCAACAAGACCAUCAUCAAACUGCAGAACACCUCCAGAAUUGCAGAGGAGCAGGACCAGAAACAGACAGAGUCUAUACAGAUGUUGCAAAGCCAGCUGGAGAAUACCACCAAGAUCAUGCUGAACCUGUCUGCUACUGUUUCACAGUUACAGCGAGAGGUUUCCGACAGACAGAGUUAUUUGGUGCUGUCUCUGAUCCUGUGUCUGACGCUGGGUUUGCUGCUCUGUAUGCAGUGCUGCAGGAGCUCGCCCAAUCACAACACCAGCCCAGCCAUUCCCAUGAGCAACCACUACCCCAGCCCUAAGAGGUGUUUUUCCUCAUAUGAUGAUAUGAGUCUGAAACGGAGAGUUUCUUGCCCUCUCGUUCGUUCGAAGUCAUUUCAGCUGCCUACAUCAGAAGUAGGUCCUGAUGACUUGUACAUUGUAGAACCUCUAAGGUUUUCUCCAGAGAAAAAGAAGAAACGCUGCAAGACAAAAGCAGGGGACCGUGUGGAGACGCUCCGGGCCUCCGUCCCCUUAGUGACAGCCGUUAACGGUGGGCCCAGGUGCAACGACGAAUCAUCUCUUCACUUCCUGCCGUCAACAUGCAACGGCUACACGUCCACCUGCUCCUCCAGGGACUGUGCGUCAGAGGGAAGCUGUGAGAGCUCCGCUUCUACACUGUCUGAGGAAUCUUUCGGCAGCGCCCCCUCGAUGAACGGACACGAGCCCAUCCUCUGCAACGGCGAGCCUCCGCUGACCCUCCCUCCGGCAAAGAGCAAGAUGGAUAAGAGGUCCCUGAAACGACGGCGAUCCAAGAACGCAGAGAUGCAGCCGGAGGGCCAGUGUGUGGGGGAGAUGCUGCACGCGCCCCUUCCUGUGACGGUGAUGCCGACGCUGGGGGAAAUCAUUAAGGGAAAGGCAGACCUGGGCGUUGCCACAUUUGGAAGGACAGCUGUAACGGGACGAGUUUGAGUUUUUCACAUCGGCAUCUUUCUUUUUCUUAUUCCAUCUCACCGUCGUUUUGAGAUUUUAUUGUCAGUGAUGAUCCUGACACCAUCUUCACUACAUCCUGGUUCACGGAACUUUGGUUAUGUGCCUUUUUUAUCCAUUCAGGAUUGUUUUCAUUAUUCCCUUUUAAGGUUCUUCUAGGGAUAUUAUGACUGAUAAACAUUCGCAAGUAUGAAUGAGACUCAUGUAGAUGUGGCGCUGCAUCACCGUGACCAUGUGAACUGUCGAUGCUGGCAGGCCCAUAUCAUUCAACAUCAUUCUUUAUACUAACAUGACCAUCAGAUUACCAUUUCCUCUUUCACUGUCCCUUUAACGCAAUCUCACUCUGUCUUUUCCUUCCUCGUUCGCAAAUGAAAUUCUUGUACAUGUGAGUGUGCGUGACCCUGCGCCAGUCGUUGUCUGUGGUUGGUUUGUGGGACCAGUGAUGUCACAUAGCACAGGGCUUCAAUCCAGUGAACAGAGCUGAAUGAAGAACAGAUCCAGUCCUUGUUCAUUCUGUUUUCAUUUCUUCUUUUAGAGCCAAAUUAAGGCCUGUUUCUCUCACCAUCUAGUGUGACCAACGAGUCCAGGCUGGGCCUGAACACUCACAGACACACACACGUAUAUACACACAUUAUACGGAGUCUCAUGCUCAGGCUCCAGCUUUUUGAAGUACGUUUACAGCUCAUUUUCUUCAUGUUCAGUAGAGCCGUCAUAAAAGACACAUGCAGACAUUAGGGUUUUUUUUACACACUUUAUAUGUACACGGGGAGUUUGUAGGGGACAUUCUGUUAUUUUUAGCGGUAAUUAUUUAUGUAUUUAUUUAUUUAAAUGUGACCGGGGCUCUAUGAGAUCACGGUCAUGUGACACAUGAGAUGCAGUGGCCCCUCCAACCUCCAUGUUAGAGCUCGCAAGAUUUAUUACACAUAGACACAAAUGGUACGGACGACAUCUUCCUGUUCUCCAGAGUUUGCACAAACUGUCUUUUCUUUUCCUUUCUUUUCCUUUUGAGAAAGCUGGACUCUAUGGAAGCUUGUUUCUGCCACUGAAUAAAAAAGGGAAUUGCGACUUUAUCUCACAAUUCUGACUUUUUUUCCUCUCAGAAUUGCAUAUGAACUCGCAGUUUUGAAUUAUAAAGUCAGAAUUGCGAUAUAUAAACUCACAACUGCAAAUUAUUAAGAUAUAAACUCGCAAUUCUGACUUUUUUUCUCAGAAUUGUUUAUAUUUCGCAAUUCUGACUUUAUUUAAUGCAAUUGCAAGUUUAUAUGCCAAUUCAAUUCUGAGAGAAAAAGUCACAAUUAGUUGCUUUUUUAUUUUUCAUUCAGCGGUGGAAACAAGCUUCCAUAGGACUGGUCGAUUUUGACUUCUUAAAUCAAACUCUUAAUUUAUUUUGGAUGUUUUAUUUGAUUUAUUAAUUUAUUUUCAAUUCAAAUCAAUUCUUAAAUCACAUUAAGUAUCAGAUAAAUCUGUUCUAAUGCUCAUAAUGUGAUCAUGGAGAUGUCAUGCAUAAUUUUUAAAGGACAUCUGAUUGACUCUGUGAUUCACUCUUCUUCGCUGGAUCUGUUCAGAUGAGCUUUGAGUUACUGGAAUCACAAGAAUGGCCAAGCUCUCGUAUUUGCGCACAUAUUAUGCAUGUCCAGCAAAGCAACCUUCUUGUCUGUCCUACCUGUCAUGUACACGUAAAGAUUAUCUGUAUGUGUGUCUGAUCUCACACACUCCGUGUCCCUUUUAUCACACUUUCUAUGUAUGUAUGUUUGCUGCUUUCAAAGUUGUUUUAAUGCACCCAAGAGACCAUUUGACAUCCCAGUGGAGUUUCUCUGCGUCAGACUUGUGUGCUUUCUGUGGUGUCUGAGAUUGUUUUUUGUUUGUUUUGUUUUUUUCAUGCAGACGAUCCCAUCAUUGACCUUUUAUCAAACUGAGGGGUUUAGGAGAAUGUGAAAUCACAUCACGAUUUCAAUUAAAGGGAAAGAUUGGGAUGGCAUACGAUGGACCAUCUCUGUGUGAUUUCCAUGACACAUGUUCCACUUUGAAACAUUUUACUACCUUUCUCCUUUUUGAAUGCUAAUCGAUAUAUGCUUGUGGAUUUUGUGUUUAUGUAUGGAUGUUUUCUCAACCAGUGUGUAUGCUGAUGAGUAUUUGGAGUGAGUAGAGACCGCAGCGUGUGUCUCUCCUGUGCACUUUGGAGAACUCCACAUGCCUUUGUUUUUCUACUCCACACCUUGUACAAGUGCUUUUUCAACCCAGGCUUUCCUUAGUAUGGCGCCCUCUAGUGGUUAAUGCCUGAUUUAUUUAAACGUCCGCUAGGUGGCGCCCAAAUGAAAUCUCAUAGUCUGUGAGAACGAACUGCACAGUAUUUGAUUUUUUUUUUUUUAGUUUUUCCAAUUGUAACUACAGCGGUGUAGUGCCAUUAGAAACUGUGAAUUUAUAAAUAAAACACUUUGUCGUCUUUA